AUGUGGCAGAGACUACAAAUCCACAGCAAACCGUUUGUUCGGCGCUUGUUGACGCCGCCAACGGAAGCAUACGAACGUAAGAUCUUCGACAUCCUCGCAUCCAAGUUUUCGCCCAAAAAGCUCGACGUCAAGGACGUCAGUGGUGGAUGUGGAUCCAUGUUUGCCAUUUCUGUCGAGAGUGAAGCGUUCAAGGGGCUACCGAUGGUCAAGCAGCACCGUUUGGUCAACGAUGCUUUGAAGGAGGAAAUUGCCAAGUGGCACGGUCUUCAGUUGAAGACAAAGGCUGUCUAA